GUCCAGAAAUAUUUAACAUAAAUACAAUAGAAAGGAUGUGAAAUUGUCUCAAAAGGAUGAGAUUCAUCCUUGUCCUUUUUAUGAUUUAAAAAUAUAUAUGUAUAUAUAUAUUUUAUUGGAUAUGUUUUAAUAAUUUUGAAGUGAACUUCCUUUACCUUGUUAGUAACCAAGCACUUGCUAUAAGUUCAGAUAAAUUACCAAUAUUGAUAAAAUUAUUCCAACAGAGACAAUGAAUCACAUUAAAAAAUUACUUUUUUAAAUCCAAAGUAUCAAAGCCAUUAAUAAAAAUGUCUUCUUUUUUUUUUGAACAGUGCAUGUAAAUUUGGCCCACUUUUAUUUGUAGCAACCUAAUAAAAACAGGCAUCUUGCUCAGAUAUUGGAACAUUAAUGCCAUUAUCUGGUCAUCUAAUGUCUUCUUUUUGAUUCUGUUUAUGUGUAAAUGUUGGUAAACAACAUUGCUGCGAUGCAGGACAAACAUGAGACUUGUUUUGAGAAUUAAAAAAAUAAUAUUGUAUAAUGAGCAUCCAAGACAUCAAACUAAAACCAAGAUGAUGAUGAACAACAAUUGAGGAUGAACUGAUGGAACCCAAUAAAUGUAGAGAUCAACACAUCUUAGACAUAGUUACAGUCUUCUCAUCUAUGCCGUUUACUGACAUAAUAAAGAUGUUGCAUUAAUUUGCAUGAAUUAGAAAUAGCAAGACUGUUGGAGCAACACUUGUAAAGAUAUGGAUGUAAGCUUUUCCUGUGUUAAAUAUACAGUUAAAUUAUUUAUAUCCCUGGCAGAUUUGGGUUUGAAGAAAUCCUUUUAAUUUUCCCCACAUGUUUUUUUUCUGACUGGAUGCGAUAUUGACUUUUGGAGUCUUGAAUCAGAAAUGAAUCUGUGUAAAGAUUAGGGUGGUUUUGAAUUAUCCAAAUAUUUUAAUAUCUAAAAAGCUGGUUAGCACUUAUAUGAAUGGUUUGUUUAACAAUAAAUCUUUCUCCUUUUGUUAUUGAGAAAGAUAUAAGUGAUUUCUGUCUUGCCAUUUAGUUUUAAAAUCUUAAUAAGGGGGUUUACUUUUAUUGAUACUCUAUUUACAUGGUCUUCAGAGAUGCCUGUCCUAUCAGAAACAAAGUGGUUGGUUUGAUGAAAAUAACAUGAAAUCUAAAACCUCAAGGGGUGUGAAUAGUUUUUGUUGUAACUGUAAUAGAAGAAGUUAGGGGGCUACUGUUGAAUAAAAGCCACUAGAGCUAUAAAAAUAGACCUUGAAACAAGUUCAAAUUAAAUGGAGAAACCCAUGGGUUGAGUUAAAUUAAGGCUUCUUACUAACUCCUGCAAAUCCAACCAAUACAUUCGUUCUUUUUUUUUGUGACCCACAUUUUAUAUUCACACCCCAUGACUCAUGUCCGUUGAUAAAAAUGCAGUUUAGCAGAGAGCUUUUUUCAGCGGGGGCAGAGCUACGUACAGAUGUAAGCGUGUGUCUGAAAGAUAAAGACCCUCAGAAAAACGCUGGCUGGAUUAGGCUUCGGUUGCGAAACGGGGGUUGGGAGGGAGGACGAGAAGCGCCGGAGAGCGUUUUGUCGUUGGAAAGCGAGAGACGGAAGGUUUGCAGGAGAGAUGCAGGUUUAUUUGGUGUUAUCCCACUUAUAGCCGGGAGAUGGGGGGGAGGUGAAAGAGGGCAAAAUGCAGGCAAAGCAGGAUUCUCAGAACCGAACCCCAGGCGUUCUGGGGAAGGCUCACCCCGCUCUGAAAGCCUUCAUGUGCGGCUCCCUCAGCGGCACCUGCUCCACGCUGCUCUUCCAGCCCCUGGAUCUGGUCAAAACACGACUGCAGACGCUGCAGAACAACGCCAAGCCAGGGACGCCAAAGGUGGGAAUGUUCCGGGUUUUCAUUCAGAUCAUCAGGACAGAGAAUUUCUUCAGUCUGUGGAAAGGAGUUUCACCGUCAUUUGUUCGCUGUAUUCCCGGGGUGGGGAUCUACUUCAGCACUUUCUACUCCCUGAAGCAGCACUUCUUCCAGGACCGGGCACCGAACGCUGGCGAGGCCGUUCUGCUCGGAGCCGGUGCCAGAACCGUGGCGGGGAUCUGCAUGCUGCCGUUCACUGUCAUCAAGACGCGCUUUGAGAGCGGAUAUUACAGCUAUUCGAGCGUGCCGGGCGCUCUGAGGAGCAUGUAUGAGACGGAGGGAGUCAGAGCUCUGUUCUCGGGGCUGACCGCCACGCUGCUGCGAGAUGCUCCUUUCUCCGGCAUCUACGUCAUGUUUUACAGCCAGGCCAAGCGAGCGCUGCCUCAAGAAGUGACCUCAGCGCCGUACGCGCCGCUGGUGAACUUCAGCUGUGGAGUGGUAGCAGGCGUCAUGGCUUCUGUGGUCACGCAGCCUGCGGAUGUGGUGAAGACUCACAUCCAAGUCAGCCCGUCCCACUGGAGGACAGCAGACGCUGUUCGCUACAUCUACACGGAGAAGGGCAUGUCGGGUUUUUUCCGCGGAGCAGUGCCGAGAUCUCUCCGGCGCACUCUGAUGGCCGCCAUGGCUUGGACUGUCUACGAGCAGCUGAUGGCUCGCAUGGGCCUCAAGUCCUGAAGGGCGGUUGAGCAGGCGCACAGUAACACGCGAGAGAUGAAACUUGAAGGGUUAAUAACAUUUUAACGGAAAGGAUGAGGAAAAGGGAGACAGCAGGAACCUGCCAGCAGUGCCAGGAACAGAGCAACCAGGUGGAUAAAUGUUGAGAGAGAGAGAAAGAGAGAGAGAGUCGUGUUUAAAUGUUGUUUAAAUGUUAACGAUGUUUGUUUGUGACGUUGCACCUGACCGACUCUCCCUCUGCUGUGAAGUGAAUUUAUCCCUCUUUAUGUUUCUGCUCAGACGUAGCAGUGGAUAAAUACCACAAAAAAAAAGAAUAAACAAAUUGGUUCGCGUGAUGCUUAGCGAGCUGAUAUGUGCAUUUACUACUACAGAGAGCUGCACUCUGGUUAAUGAAAUAUUUAUUAAACCUGCAUAUGAUUGAGCAAUGUUUCUUACUUUGUUAAAUACUGUGGUUAUUUUGCUUGUUUUAGACAAUCACAAGCGUUCCUACAGAUGCAUUAAUCUAUGGAAAUUUAAGCCAACUCAAUAAUCACAUCAAAGCCUUUAUCUUCAUAUGGUUGAAAGCAGCAAUUACAGCCCAUUUCUGACAAAAAAAAAAAAAAAUCAAAUUUAUUUCUAAAGUAUUUCAAGGUGGUUUAUUUUGUUGUAGCAAAACAGGAUUUUGCAGUAUUAUGUGAGUUGUCGUUCGUUUCUAUGGUAACGUCCUUUUUGGCGGGUCUGGUUUAUGACUAAACACAUGCCAAUCACAUCCAUCUAUGAAAUUAUGAAAUGUUUGAGCUGAUUGUCAUACAAACGAUCCAGAUUAAAUUGUGUGCGCAAUAUAAGUGUCUUAAUUUAACUGUUGUCUUUGUGAACUUGGUAAGGUGUUAAAAAAUAUAUUUUUGAAAACAAAAAUGUAAGCAUUUAGAAAAUAAAAAAUCAGGCCUUUAAUUUUUGAUUAAUUUCAAAAUUACUAUUGAUUUGCAGAUGUAAUGAUCUGUAUAAAAAAAUCUCCCGUUUUUCUUUUGCUUUCAAUGCUUGAAAAGUGUUAACUCUUCCGUUGACCAGCAGGUGGCAGCAGUAGUGAAAGGAAACUAAAAUAUUUUGAUAACAUUCAUAAACACUGGUUUAAACUGCUCAAUAAAAACAGUUUAAUUACUUUUUUAUGUUAACUUUUCAAGUGAAACAUUGCUUCAUCGUUAUGCAGACAAAGUUUGCACAGAGUCCAUAUCAGUGGUGGAUUUUAUUUAGUUUCACACUGAUUACAGCUGCUCAGAAAUAAUUUACAAAGCACAAAUUGUGAUUUUGCUAGAGAGGUUUUAUUUCCUUGUAUUUUUAUUUAUUUUUGUGUUCAUAUGUAAAUAUAUGAAAAACAGAAGAUCUAUUAGAAGCCUUUCCAACGUUGGGAAUUGAAAUAAAAAAAGAGGAUCCAACUGUAGAGCCUAGAUAAACCUGUUUUUAAGGUGAAAUAUGACGGCCUGAGUGUUUUCUGUUUAACAUUGUAACUCGCUGUGCCAAGUUUAAGUUGGAUCUGUUUUAUUGCUAUCCGAUUUUCCUCAUCAUCCAUGUUCACUCUCCAUAUAUCACUUUUCUUUUUUUUAGGUCAAAAUCUCAACUCUUCCUAAAGUUAUUUUACAUUUCUGUCAAUAAAAUUCAGAAGACAGCUGACCUGAGUCUUUUAUUGUUUAUAAUUUAGACUUCCUGCACUGCCAUUUACACAGCAUGGAUAUCAUUUAGAAAAACUGUAAAUCUUGAUUCUAUUUACUGGUUUGUUACAAAUCCAGGCCUUACAUUAUUUAGAAAGAUAUUAUUCUAAACAUUUGGUUGCGGAUCUGAAAUUUAUAUAAUAAUUCUUCCACACUGGGACAAAUUAAGUUUAAAAAAGUCGGCAGCAUUUUAAUUUCUCCACAAAAGAGAUGCAACUUACAAAUUCAAAUUACCGUCUUUGUAUGUAUGCAGAUGAUGUGAUGCUAGUUGGCUUCAAAUCACGCCGUGAAAUAAUCUGCUCAUUUAAUCACAAUGAUGAUGAAAUUAUUGAAUCGUGUAAAACGAGUCAUUUAUCUGCUAAUUAAAGUAAUAAAAGCAAAGAGUAAAGAACUGGUCGUGAUUGGUCAAUAAGUCAGUAUUUCUCUCAUUUUUAUGAAGUGGUUAAUGAAUUCUUAUAUCUUGAAACCUUUAUUAAUUGAACUUUGUGUUUUUACGCCUCAUUUAUCCUCAGUUCAUUUUGUAGACUUGAAGUUGAGUCAAUGUCAGUUUCUGAACUUGUUUUUAUUAUGUAUCGUGUUUUAUAGUUUCUAACUACAACAUGAAGCCAAAGAUACAAUAAAGAUUAUUACUAACAUUACAUUUUAUGCACUCGUAGUUCUCAGAAAUCUGAUUUUGUGAACACACAUCAUGUUCUUGAGUUCAUACGUUGUGAACUGGUAUGAAUAAAACA